AUGCGCGACGCAUAUCUUCCCGACGGUCCCCCAAACGGCGGCGAUGGAGGCCAUGGAGGCAACAUUUACAUCCAAGCCGUCCACGGCGAGACCUCUUUACACAAGCUAGCGAGGAGACGCUUUAUUCGCGCAGGUCGGGGGAAGACUGGACAAGGCAGCGCGAAGGGCGGCCAGCGGGGCGAGGAUGUCAUCAUCACCGUACCCGUCGGUACCGUUUUGCGCGAGCUGGAGAGAGAAGACCCCGUUGCUGAGGAGGCGGUCCUCCAGCGCGCAUUGCGAGCGAAGAGAAAGGCCGAGAAGCGUGCAAAGCGAGAGCGCGAAGAGGAGCUUGCGCGCAGAGGACUGGUGAUGACCGACGAGGAGAUUGAGGAGGAUAGAUUGAUCGAAGAAGAACGCAAGGCCAAGAAGCCCGAGCCGGAGGAUGAUGAGCCAGAGGAUCCCGAGCGUCACAAGUGGCUUCUAUAUCCAGGCCUGUCCAAGUCCGACCUGAAGACUAUUGCUCUGCCAAAGGCCCCUCGCCGUCAACGACUUUACCACCAGCCUCCUGGCCCUAUCCAAAUCGACUUGUCACGCCCAUCACCGCAGCCGAUUCUGCUUGCCACCGGAGGUGUUGGCGGUCUCGGCAACCCGCACUUUGUAUCUCGCGAAUUUCCAAGGCCAAUUUUCGCAACAAAGGGCGAGCGAGCCGUGACGAUGCAAAUUGAACUCGAGCUAAAGCUGCUCGCCGACGUUGGUCUCGUGGGUUUGCCCAACGCCGGCAAGAGCACACUGCUUCGGGCUCUUACGAAUUCGCGCACUCGGGUCGGAAACUGGGCUUUCACCACUUUGCAGCCAAACAUUGGCACCGUCGUGUUGGACAACUACAAGGGCCGACCGGUCAUCAAGAGUUACAAGCGCUAUCCCGCUGCUGCAUCUUCAACUGGCAGCCACGAGGAAGAAGUCCGGGUCGAACAGCGAACUCGCUUCACUGUUGCUGAUAUUCCGGGUCUCAUUGAGGGUGCCCAUCUGGAUCGUGGACUUGGCAUGGAAUUUUUGCGUCAUGUCGAGCGAGCUGCGGUGCUUGCUUUCGUUAUCGACCUCUCCGCUGGGCCUGCCGUGAAGGCGCUCGAUGCUCUGUGGAGGGAGGUUGGCCUCUAUGCCCAGAUGCGCGAGGAGGAGGAGCGAGAUCGUGAGGUCGACUCUCGUAUCGACUGGGACCUCGCUUCCAAUGGCGACACCCAACGUCCAUACGGAGGCAACAUGAUGAUUGCCGAUGCCCCUGAAACUCCCAAGGAGGAGUCGGGACUACACAUCACAGCCAAGCCCUGGUUCGUGGUUGCCACCAAGGCCGACCUUCCCGAGACGCAGGAGAAUUUCAGGCGACUGAAGGAGUACCUUGAGCAAAUCAACAACGGUACCGCUCCUCACCCAAGUGGCGUUGAGAAGGGGACCUGGACGGAAAAUUGCGCCGUCAUUCCCGUAAGCGCCAUUCAUGGCCAGGGAGUUGACAGGAUUGUUCACUGGACUGUAGGAUUACUUGAUGAGUAA